UAAAUAUAUCUUUUUAAUAAUUUGUAAUUAAAAAAUCACUAUUUAAUAUGUGGAACCCUCAAACUCAUCUGACGAAUGACGAUGGACUUUUCCAAACAUUUGAUGGCAUUAUUAUUCCUCCUCGUCGCAGCAGCGUCGGCGGAGACGGCAAUGGCACGGCGGCCGGCCGCCACAGAUGACGAAAACUCCAUCGCCGCCUACCUCAAAGCCCACAACGCCGCGCGCGAAGGGUUAACAAGCGCGGAAGAAGGCCUCCUGAGUUGGAACGCGACGUUGGCUGACUACGCAGAAAACUACGCAAAAAAGAUGGCGUCGAGCACCGGUUGCUCCGACCUCUACCACUCCGGGAGCAAAGAGUACGGCGAGAACCUGGCGUGGGGGAGCGGCGAGUUCAUGACCGGGAAGGCGGCGGUGGAAAUGUGGGUGUCGGAGAAGGCCAACUAUACGUACGCCACCAAUUCUUGCAAAACAGGGCAGAUGUGUGGGCACUACACUCAGGUGGUUUGGAAGGCGACGGCGGCGGUGGGUUGCGCCCGGACUAAGUGCACCAUAGACCCGCCGGGAGGAUUCUUUGUUAUCUGCAACUAUUAUCCUCCCGGCAAUUAUUUCGGCGAGAAGCCUUACUAAUUCCAUCCAUUCCACACUACUCUUCAGGCCGACCGCCCCGGCGCUAUCGUACUACUCCUCCUAAUUAUAAAUGUUUUCCCACUCACUUUUUACCCGGUCAAACUUUAAUCACUUUCUUUAUCUAUUUUUAUUAGUUAUUUGAUAAAAUAAUAUAGUCUUGUCACCACU